CACUCGACCCAAGCAAUGCCCAAAGAGUCCCAUGCCUUUCUUGGUCGGACCAAGCCAACUGGCAUUUCCGACAAGUCUUUCCUAAUUUUUAGAGCAAGAAGUGGAACUACAGGGAUGAAAUGAAAAGUGUUUCUUACGAUUACGCCCAACAGCCCACUUGAGCAAUUUUCCAUUCUCCCAUUGAUUCCUAUGAAGAUAGGAAACUUGUAUUUCUCAUUCACAAAUUCAUCUUUGUUUAUGCUGCUAACUCUCAGUUUGGUCCUACUUCUGAUUCAUUUUGACAAAAAAGGAGGAGGAAACUUAGUACCAAAUGCUUCGCAGUCCUUGGUAGAGCUUAUUUAUGAUUUCGUGCUUAACCUGGUAAACGAACAAAUAGGGGGUCUUUCCGGAAAUGUUAAACAAACGUUUUUCCCUUGCAUCUUGGUCACUUUUACUUUUUUGUUAUUUUGUAAUCUUCAGGGUAUGAUACCUUAUAGCUUCACAGUUACAAGUCAUUUUCUCAUUACUUUAGGUCUCUCAUUUUCCAUUUUUAUUGGCAUUACUAUAGUAGGAUUUCAAAGAAAUGGGCUUCAUUUUUUAAGCUUCUUAUUACCCGCAGGAGUCCCACUGCCGUUAGCACCUUUUUUAGUGCUCCUUGAGCUAAUUUAUUAUUGUUUUCGUGCAUUAAGCUUAGGAAUACGUUUAUUUGCUAAUAUGAUGGCCGGUCAUAGUUUAGUAAAGAUUUUAAGUGGGUUCGCUUGGACUAUGCUAUAUAUGAAUGAUAUUUUGUUUUUUAUAGGGGAUCUUGGUCCUUUAUUUAUAGUUCUUGCAUUAACCGGUCUGGAAUUAGGUGUAGCUAUAUUACAAGCUUAUGUUUUUACGAUCUUAAUCUGUAUUUACUUGAAUGAUGCUAUAAAUCUCCAUUAAAGUGGUUAUUUAUUUAUAAUUGAACAAACGCGAGGAGGCGAAGCCGCUUUACCGA